UAGGUGUGGCAUUGCUGGGCGUGCACGACCCUCCUCUCCGCACUCAAAGUCCCCUUUAUAUCAGUGCAGUCGCUGCUGCGUAGCCUGUGCUGAUUUUUUUCCCUGACCUCCUGCUUGCGGCUCCUGCUGACUUCCAUCCAAAAUGUCUGACGGCUUUUCGCUCGAUGAUGCAUUAUCUGGUCAAGGAAAUGCAAACACCCAGCAAUCUCAAAACCUGAAUAACCCCUGGGGAGGUCAAAACCCUGGACAGCAGUACCCAGGAUUCCCUGGACCAGGACAAGGCCAGCAGUAUCCAGGAUUCCCAGGACCAGGCCAAGCCCAGCAGUUCCCAGGACCAGGCCAAGGCCAAGGCCAACCCCAGCAGUUCCCAGGACCAGGCCAAGGCCAACAGUACCCAGGAUUCCCACCUGGAGGUCAGCAAUACCCAGGAAUGCCUGCAGGUGGCCAGCAGUACCCAGGAAUGCCUGCAGGUGGUCAGCAGUACCCAGGAUAUCCAGGUUUCCCAGGGCCAGGGCAGUCAUACCCAGGGGCUCCAACUGCAGGACAAACAGUACCCUCAGCACCUUCUGGUCCAAUGAAAGUACCAUGUGAAAUACCCUUGCCCGUGGGGUGCACAAAAGGACUUAUGUUGAAUAUCAGUGGCGUACCGAACGGCAAAAGGUUUGUUAUUGACUUUAAAGAAGGAAAUGAUAUUGCUUUGCACUUCAAUCCCCGUUUUGAUGAAAACCCUAAUGUCAUUGUGCGCAAUACAAUGACUCGUGGUCAAUGGGGAAAAGAGGAACGUGAAUGUCCGAAGUUUCCGUUUCAGAAGGGACAACCAUUCAGGCUUCAAAUUCUCUUUGAGCCAGAAGCCUUUAAAGUGGCUGUGAACAACGAGAACAUCUGCCAGUACAAGCACAGGCUGAGAAACUUCUCAGGGAUUAAGAGUAUAUGCAUUUCUGGUGACGUCACCAUCACUGACACUUCCUUAACUACAGUGUAAUAUAAUAAUACAGUACAGGGCAAAUUCGUGAGCCCCCUUGCAAGUGAAUCAUCGGCACACAUAUAGCUCUGCUGUUUUACAAGUUUAUAGAAAUUUAUAUUGAGAAGCUU